UAUUUUAUGUAGGAAUAUCAGGUCAGAAUACCAGUUUUACCCCUGCACAGGCUUCUUCUCAGAAGGAGAAGUGUAAUUGCAUUGUGCAGCAAUUAAUUCUGUAUCUUGCCUGUACGUGGGUUGUCAACUCGUCAUCCAUAUCCUACCCCACCCUCUUUCCUAGAACUCUCACUCUACUUUCCUAUUAUAUAUAAACCCUUCUGUGAUCUACAUUUCUCUCAUUCUCUUCUCUCCGAGUUGUAGGGAGUUUUCUAUAGAAAUGGCUAGUGCAAGAGCUGGGGAUGAUUUUCAAGACAUGUUGCCGACAAUGGCUAGCAAGUUGGGGGGUGAUGGUUUGAUAAAAGAGCUGUGUAAUGGGUUCAGAUUACUGAUGGAUAAGGACAGACAAGUGAUCACAUUUGAGAGCUUGAAGAAGAAUUCUGCGUUGCUUGGGCUGCAAGAUUUGAGAGAUGAUGAGCUGAUGAGCAUGUUGAGAGAAGGAGAUGCGAAUGGGGACGGAGUGCUUGAUGAGAUGGAGUUUUGUGUUUUGAUGUUUAGAUUAAGUCCCGAGUUGAUGCAAGAGUCUGAGGUUUGGCUUGAAGAUGCUCUGCAGCAAGAGCUUGGUGCUUCUUGCUUUGAUAAAACUAAAAAAUAGAUGUGUUUUUAUUUAGGAUUAUAUUUGUCACUGAUAAGGGUUUGAGAUUUGAAUCUACUGACUGAAAAUAACGUAUGAAAUGUUCAUUAUGUUUGUUACAUUUGCAAAUUAUAGCAUUGGAAAUGCUCUUUGCCUGUU